AUGGGAUAUUCAGUAUACUGCGCGAUAUGUGCUGGUCCAUUCUCUAGCAAUGUAGAGAUUGACCCCGAAGAGACGGACGAUGAUGAUGGUUAUUAUCGUGACAAAGUGCUGAGGGGCUGCAAUCUGGAAUGGCUCGACGAUGUCUGUGGCCUGGGUAUCAAUCCUGAUGCCCCUGGAGAUGAUAAAUCAUUUGUCUCCGGUGUCGGUGAGCAUUGGGACAAUGGGGAACUUGAUCUUGCCCGAGGAGAUGAUCCGAACGCACCCUUAACUGUCCAUGAUCCCGUUGACUAUAUCUCUGCUACUUCGUAUCGUCCUGUCUAUGGUUCUGAGUCACCAUAUGUAUUUCCUUUCCAUCAAAUUUGCUACAAGGAUAUUUUCCUGAGAUGUAUCCAUCGUGAAUAUGAGCAGAUUAGGCGGGAUGUUCUGUUUGAUGCCAUGGAAUAUUUGACGGACACAAGUGGUGUAAGGUUGAAGGUCCUUUACGGCGACCCAGACCCACCCGCCGAACAAGCGUGGCCCAGUAUCAAAGGCCAAGAAGCUCAUAAGAAGCAGGUAUUGGUAGUCAAUCCGGUUGAAAUCCCCCAGCUGGACGCCGAGCUUGCUCCAAUCAUGGAAGCCCUCAACAAACAGGGAACAUUGGACCAAGGUUCGCAAACUCAAGACAUUUUUAACAGGCUCCCACUUGAGUUGCGACAUAUGGUUUUUGGACAUCUGCCCGCUGGGUCCAUUCUUGCUCUGAAGGCCGCUUCAUUUGCGAUGCAUACUACUACCUUGCCACCGAAGAUCUGGGCGCACAGGCUGAGCUUCGAAAUCCCUUGGCUCUGGGAGAUUCACGAUAUUGAUCUUUUUCAAUCCCAAGAGGUCGAGGAGAAAGCUUCAAGGCUACUUCUAGAUAUCCAGAAGAAGAGUCAGUACACAUCCGAGAAUGAUGAUUACAUUUUGGGACUUGCCAACCGCAGCCGGAUUUGGAGUGCCAGCGACGCUAUUUCCUACUGGUACGGCGAAAAGCUUCGGGAUAGAGAGAGCGAGCUGAAGAAAGGUUGA